GGAGAUAGACGAAAAUGCCGGUGCCUCCUUGGCUAGAGUCACUGCUAAGCACAGCCUUUUUCACAGUUUGCAGAACACAUGGAGAUGCGGCUAGGGGCGAAUGUAACAUGUAUUGUUUAGACUGUAAAGGACAAGCAUUUUGCUUCUAUUGCCGCUCUUUUAAACACAAAGAUCAUCAAGUGAUUCAGAUAAGGAGAUCUUCAUAUCAUGAUGUAGUGAGGGUUGCAGAGAUUCAGAAGGUGUUGGAUAUAAGUGGGGUUCAAACUUAUGUGAUAAACAGUGCCAGGGUUCUUUUUCUUAAUGAGAGGCCUCAACCGAAAUCUGGGAAAGGCGUUGCUCAUAUCUGUGAAAUCUGUGGAAGAAGCCUCUUGGACCCGUUUCGUUUUUGUUCUUUGGGAUGUAAGCUUGUAGGAGUAAGGAGAAAUGGGAAUGCAGGUUUUAGCUUAGAGGCAAAGAAUGAGGUGCCAAUGGAUAGAACAAGAAGAGAAGGGAUGCCAAAGGAAGAAGAAGAAUUGCGUGAAGGCUCACAACAAGGCAUUUAUCUGCCCACGCCUCCCCCACCUCCUUCAAAUGCAAGGAGAAGAAAAGGAAUCCCUCACCGUGCACCUUUUGGGUCAUAAAACCAACAACUACACUUUUAUAUUCAAAAUUUCACCCAUUUCUUUAUUUAUUACCCACAGAGGAAAAAACAAAUUGUUUGGGGGUCUUUAAAUUUGUCCAAUUGUUCUAACUAAAGGGUUUGUAGGGUGUCAUUAUUUGGUUAUAAGGGGCAGUCC